CGGAAUGCAUUGUUCCAAGGUAUAUCAUGAAAGAAGAAGAAGAAGAAGAAGGAUGUAUGGAGAGGUGCACGCACAAGAGACGAUAAAUUGAUGAGAACUGUCAUCAAUGGCUGUAAAAUAACUGAAAGCAUGCGGACAAUGUUGCUUGUUGGGUAUCGCCUAAUUGCAGUAUCAUGAGGAAAGCAAAAGGCCCAUGCAAGCUCCCGAGCCCACUGGAAACAGCGUCAUGGCACUGCGCCAAAACUUUAACGGAGGAAAUGCUGCGGCGCAGUCGAGUGACAAUAAUGACGACGACGACGACGACAACGACGACAACGACGACAACGACGACGAUAUCGACGAUAUCGACGAUACCAAACAGACGACUUUUGUAGCAUCAUUGCCAUGCCAUGGCAAAAUGUGUUGAUGAGUGUUCUAUCACGUUGGGCUGAAGCGUUGUCCGAAUGCAUCGGACACAUUUGACGUCACGACGACAAGUGGCAGUGGUGUGCAGAGGAGCGAGUGAAAGUGUGCGCACAGAUUGAAAGUCAUCCCUUUGCAAACACACAGCCAAGUAACGCAUCGUGCUGUGUUUUUAUUGCAAAGGUGCUGUGUUUUGGGGAUGACCUUCUUUUUGUUUUUGUUUUUUUGUCAUGGCCAAAUACACUGUACUGGUAGCAUGAAGAAGACCCCAUCAUCUUCUGCAGGUUGGGUAUCGAUGGGAUUCAACGUGAUGCAUUGCCAAAAAGGCAAGCUCCAAACAAAGAAGAUCAUCCCCCUCCUUCCUCAAUCCUCCCCCUUUCAACCUUCUCCUCCUUUUCAUUCAUGCUCUCCUUUUGAUUUUCUCAUCGUUUUGACUCACUUUCUACGUAAUCUAACUUUCCCACGCUCAUAAUAAACCUACGCGCAAUUAAACGCGGGGUUUUUAUUUUAGAACACUUUACUUUUUGUUCAAAACUCUCAACUUUUUGACAUUUUAGCGUUAUUGAACAAGAACCUCAUACUGCCCAAUAUUUCUACACAGAGUUUCUACGACGACGCAAACCCAACUCCCGCAACUGUUAAAACACACACUCCACUGACAUUGACGCCCGAUUUUCAACGCUUUGGAUUUGCGCCCCUUAUGGGACGCUCCCACUUGCCUCUCGAAAUAUGGACACGCAUCUUUAGUCUCUUGGACUCUUCUUCUCCCGCUGCAUUCAGUCAGGCAUGCAAGGCAUUCUAUCACAUAUCAAUAGAUCCUCACGCACGCGCGCAGUAUCUCUUGAAUCGCUAUGGCAAACAACUGGCUUUGUAUUCGGCUUUCAAGUGGAACAGAAGAGUCUUGUCGCCAAAUGUUGGAAGAUUGAUGAGAAAGCGAGGUGCUGGUCUCCCUAGAUUCUUGGUUCAGUGGGUUGACAAGGAGUACCACAAAGCGGAUCGAGGAAAGCGAGCCGUGUCCAUUCCUCUGUACGUCUUUUUCAUUCAAGAGGGAUUUGAAAUCUAUGGAAGUGAAGCAGACUUUAAAGACGACGACGUGGCAAAGUUUGAACGAUUGCUCUAUAGCAGUACGACCACUUCCUCGACCGUUACUGCCACCGACGACGCCAUUGCCUCUAUCCGAACCCUCCUCGACGCCUAUGCGUUUUGUCCCGUCAAGGGCCUCGGCUCUCCCGUGGACGAAACAGUCUUUCUGCUUUCCAAACUCGACGUGACCCUCAUACCCAAACUCAUUGCAAAUGGUCUCGAUUUAAUGUCGGUCAAUGACGCUGUCCUCGAACGAGUCCUCUGGCGCCAAGAUCUUACGGAUGUGUUCUUGCAAAAGUACCUCGACAAUGGCUUUGCUUUAACACCCAUGUGCAUCAAGAAGGGCCUACAGACCUCUCGACCUUCCACGCUCGCCGUCCUCCAAUCUCGCGUUUCAACCGCGCUACUCACUGAAUGCGCUAAAGAGGCCCUCGUGGACAUGUUGGGUCCCUCGUCAGGGCGAGCCUGGAAUUGGGUACCUGAAAGUGCGGAAUUUCUCAUAUCCACAUUUAACAUCUCUACCGACGUUAUUGCACAAGCCCUCUAUACCCACCCCGACGCACCUCGCCUGCCCAACGGCGGAUGCCCCGAAUUCCCCGCCACACGUUCCUAUAUGAAAUCUAACCCAUGCCCCGUCUGGCGCUGGAUCCUCAAAUCCUACGGUCCCCAUCACCCGUUCACAAAAGCCUGUUUUGACGAUGCUCUCAGUCGCGCUGCAGCCGAUCGAGACCUCCACGCUCUCCACGACGAGUUUCUUCAAUCUGGGGUACGCUUCUACCCCCGCCACGUUAAAAUACUCGCAUGCCGCCUCUUGCACCGAGACAUGACUGCGAACGCCCUCCAUCUGCUCCAAGUCCUCCGCGAGCAAAUUACUGACGACCGCGACGCGGGGAUCCUCACUGACGCUGAACGAUCCGAAUGGCUACACACACUCCGCGACGAAGUCGUUGAAAACGAUGAAUGGGCCCACCGGAUGCGUACGACUCAGUUGGAAGGCGGCGCUCGAGGCGGUGCCUACCGUAUCUCCCGGCCCCCAGAAGAUGCACUUCGCUUUCUUGACGAGGCACGCGAGAUGGUGCUAGAUUUGAUCCCACCUGUUCCUCCUAUCCCGCGGGUCGACUGGAAUACCGUUUCUGUCCAUCCUGCGCGGAGACAAUCGGUCAAAACAUGGGUGAAGCGCAUGGGGCUGUGGUGGAAGGAGCAGUGUGAACGGGGCGUGUGGGGUGUUGUUGAUCAUGUAGUUUAACGGGACACGUCAUUUUUCUCUUCUAUGCAUUGACCGGCCGGCCUCGUUUCGAACGUGUCCUGAAGUGUGAUGAACAGUCAGAGACGUUUUUGUUCUAUGAAACCAUGUGUUUGUAUCGGACGCUAUUGUAUGAGACUGGUUUUGUCUACUGUACAUACUCGUUUGUAUGAUUUACUUUUUGUUUCUUUACCUCAUGGGUUGUGUAUAGCGGACCGUUUUUAUGGACAGUUGUAAAUGCAAGGAAAAAAAGGGGGGAUAGUGUAAAAGGAAUGUACAGUUGUGAAAGAGUAUAGUGGUUUAAUAAAGUUUUUUUUCCGUA